AUGGUUUCGAGGUCAAUUGUACCAGGUCUUCUGACAGUUAUUUCGGAAUCAUCGCUAAAUCCAGCCUCACAAGUGUUACACAUGGCUGAUAUUUCGCCCAAGAACACCACGGGGGGGCCUAGACCAGGUCCUUUAACGACAGAUCCUCCCCCAUCUGGUGAUUUCAAGGUGGAGGAGUCCAUACAGCAGCUAAAGGAUCUCCAACAGCAAAUCACAGAGCUGCGACACAGAAUGCCCAGUCUGCUGAGGAGUUUGGCGACGAUACAGGACUCUGACUCGGCGCAGGCGGUGUUCGGACGCACGGCAAAGGAGGCUACGCUACUUCAAACCAAGGUGGACGAGUUUGUCCAGAAUUCGCGACAGAGCCAGCAUGUCUUCAAAUAUAUCGAAACACGCAAGAAGGAGCUCGAGUCUGGCGUAUCCAGUGCACCGGAGCCAGUCAAAAUUGAAAAGCUCGAAUCUUCGAUCAAGGUCGAUGAUACAGUGGAUCAACUGGGCAUGGAUGACCUGGAUAUGUUGGAUUUUAACGGAGGGGGCGAUGAGACGUCUGCAUUGUUUGAUGACAUGUACAAUGCGUGA